AUGAUGCAAUGGGCACUUGCAAAUGGCUUCCAGUGGGACGACAUGUCAUCUUUCUUUGCUGCUGAGAAGGGCCGAUUGGAGAUGCUCCAGUGGCUCCAUGAAAAUGGGUGUCCCUGGAGUGAACUAUCAUGCUGUGCUGCUGCCGGAUGUGGCCAAGUGGAAUGUCUGAAGUGGCUGCAUGAAAAUGGCUGCCCGUGGGGGGAGCGGACUUGUGCUGAUGCUGCUUGGUCGGGAAGUUUGAAAUGUCUCAAGUACGCCCAUGAGAAUGGGUGUCCUUGGGAUGUAUGGACAUGCCGUUAUGCUGCCUGGGAAGGACAUUUGGACUGUCUCAAGUAUGCCCGUGACAAUGGGUGUCCUUGGGGAUUGAAUGUUUUGGGUGUCGCUGCGGAACGUGGAAGUCUAGAGACUCUCAAGUAUGCAUACGAAAAUGGAUGCCCCUACAAUAAAAAAGAUAUUCUGAAGUGCGCCAACUCGAAAUACCCUGAGAUUCAGGAGUGGGCAGAAUUCGUGGGUCUGCUAGGAGAGCUGGAUGCUUAA